AAGUGCUGCCCGUCUAUGUUGAUACAGAUCUAACAAACUGGACUAACACUGGAGUGUCUGCUUACGUUGCCCCUCGCAUGGACUAAUUUUUGUUUUAUACGGAGGAAAAGUUUUUCAGCGUGGGGAAAUUGUAAAAAAAGGAAAAAGCUUUCAACUCCACUGGCCCGGAGAAUUUGGCGACCUGGCUCCAACAUUUGGGCCCCCCUCUGCUACUGCACAAAGUGAAGGUUGAUAUGCCACAUCAGUGAUGGAGCCCAUGACGGUGACGACGUCGGUGGUCGGACCGGACGAGUUCGACCGCAACGCCCCGCGGAUCUGCGGCGUGUGUGGCGACAAGGCCACUGGCUUCCACUUCAACGCCAUGACGUGUGAGGGCUGCAAGGGAUUCUUCAGGCGCAGCAUGAAGCGUAAAGCCUCCUUCACCUGUCCAUUCAACGGGACCUGCACCAUCACUAAGGACAACCGACGUCACUGCCAGGCCUGCCGCCUCAAACGCUGCGUCGACAUUGGCAUGAUGAAGGAGUUCAUCCUGACAGACGAGGAGGUUCAGAGGAAGAAGGACAUGAUCAUGAAGAGGAAAGAGGAGGAAGCAGCCCGUGAGGCGAUGAGGCCACGUCUAAACGAGGAGCAGGCCCGCAUCAUCUCCAGUCUCGUGGAAGCCCACCACAAGACUUACGAUGCCUCCUAUUCCGACUUCUCCCGCUUCAGGCCUCCAGUGCGUGAAGGUCCAGUAACACGCAGCGCCAGCAGAGCCGCCUCCCUUCACUCUUUGUCUGACGCCUCCUCUGACUCAUUCAACCACUCACCUGAGUCUGUGGACACCAAGAUGAACUUCACCAGCCUGUUGAUGAUGUACCAGGACGGGGCGAGCAGCCCUGACUCCAGCGAGGAGGACCAGAAGCUCUCCAUGCUGCCCCACCUGGCAGACCUGGUGUCCCACAGCAUCCAGAAGGUCAUCGGCUUCGCCAAGAUGAUCCCAGGCUUCAGGGAUCUGACGGCAGAAGACCAGAUUGCUCUGUUGAAGUCGAGCGCCAUCGAGAUCAUCAUGCUGCGUUCAAAUCAGUCGUUCAGUCUGGAGGACAUGUCCUGGAGCUGCGGAGGACCCGACUUCAAAUACUGCAUCAAUGACGUUACAAAGGCGGGUCACACUCUGGAUCUGUUGGAGCCGCUGGUGAAGUUCCAGGUUGGUCUAAAGAAACUCAACCUGCACGAGGAGGAACACGUGCUGCUCAUGGCCAUCUGCCUGCUCUCCCCAGAUCGCCCUGGAGUCCAGGACCACGGUCGCAUCGAGCAGCUGCAGGACCACCUGUCGGAGGCGCUGCAGGCCUACAUCCAGGUGAACCACCCGGGCGGACGCCUCCUCUACGCCAAGAUGAUCCAGAAGCUGGCCGACCUGCGCAGCCUGAACGAGGAGCACUCCAAGCAGUACCGCUCCCUCUCCUUCCAGCCCGAGCACAGCAUGCAGCUCACCCCGCUGGUGCUGGAAGUGUUCGGCAGCGAGGUGUCAUAGCAGUGGAGGAAGCCCGCUCACACACACACAUACACACACACUCACCACACAUCACAGGAAGAUAUACCGACCCCUGCCACCUUCUUUUCCCCGACGGAACCCCAGCUCUGAUAGACACAAGGGAGAAGGAUGGAUAAUCCCGUAGGUAGAUGGUCACCUUCACCUCCUCCUCAUCGUCACCUGACCUCGAGCGGCAAGGCUCCGGAUUUACGGAUUUAAGACACCUGGAUAUGCUCUGCAUUUUUGCAGCACCUUGGAUAACCAGAUUAUAUUUUAACCUCUGGUACACAGUACCACAUUAAAGGUCAGGCAGAUAUCCUGACUCUGGAGUAGAUCGACAUCCUGAUCCUCUCCGAAAUUCGCAAACUCAAAUGAAAUAUCGCCUUUUUCUGCUCCCCUCCUUUCCUUCCGGACAUCACUGCUAGAUUCCUGCCAUUUUCUUUUUGUUUUGACAGCGUGACGGAUGUGACGGUCACAUCCCCUUAUAACCUUCAUCCUCAUAACAAGUGCGAGGAAUACAUUCACAGAUUUACAUCUAUUAACCACGCUGGCACUUGUUAGGUACAAAUUAUACGCAAGCAAUGUUCCUACACCUAGAUCGCUAUGUUGAUUUAUCGACAGCAAAGAUAUCCAAAUAUAUUAAACAUCAACACAGCCAGCUAGCUUACGAUAAUAUAGUGGAAAAACUUUAAAAAAUGCUUGGUUAAGACAGGCUGUGUUUCUGUGUAUGUGCAGCUGGAGAAAAGAAAGGAAGUUACAGUAGGAAUGUUUCAGUGUGGUAACGGUGACAAGAGAAGUGGGAUUUGGAGUCACGGAGGUGUGGUAGCUGGAGGGAGGGAUAUGCUACGGUUGGAAUUCCCUGUUCACAAGACAAAGGGAAUUUCACAAAACAAGAAUGUAUGUAUAAUGCUAUAUAAAUAUAAAUGA